AACACCGAUUCUACUCGUUCCUUCUCAACCCACUCUUUACUGUCGCGACAAUGCACAGAAUCGCUCUCCACAAUUCGGCGCGCAGAGCUGCCUUUGCUGCUGCUUCAAAGAGCAACGCGAACGUCGCUGCACUCGCCUCUCGGUCAUAUGCUACCGCAAAGCCUGCCGCAUCCGAGGUUUCUUCGAUAUUGGAGUCCCGUAUUGCCGGUACCGCUAUUAGUGGGAACGUCGAAGAGACUGGCCGUGUCUUGAGCGUCGGUGACGGUAUUGGACGUGUUUGGGGUCUCAAAAUGUCCAGGGUAGCCGAGGAGAUGGUGGAAUUCUCGUCUGGUGUCCGCGGCAUGUGUCUCAACUUGGAAGCUGACAACGUCGGUGUCUCCAUUUUCGGUAACGAUCGUCUCAUCAAGGAGGGCGACACCGUCAAACGUACUGGCCAGAUUGUCGAUGUUCCUGUCGGCCCCGGUCUCCUUGGUCGUGUCGUUGACGCUCUCGGUAACCCAAUUGAUGGCAAGGGUCCCAUUGAGGCUGCUGAGCGGAGACGUGCUUCCCUUAAGGCCCCCGGUAUCUUGCCCCGUCGUUCCGUCAACCAGCCCAUGAUGACUGGUCUUAAGCCCAUUGACGCCAUGGUGCCCAUUGGUCGUGGCCAGCGUGAGCUUAUCAUUGGUGACCGUCAGACCGGCAAGACCGCCGUCGCAAUCGACACCAUCCUCAACCAGAAGCGGUGGAAUGAUGGCAAAGACGAGGACAAGAAGCUCUACUGUGUCUACGUUGCUGUUGGCCAGAAGCGUUCGACCGUUGCUCAGCUCGUCAAGACUCUCGAGGAGAAUGACGCAAUGAAGUACUCUAUCAUUGUUGCCGCUACCGCCUCGGAGGCUGCUCCCCUGCAGUACCUCGCACCCUUCUCUGGAUGUGCCAUGGGCGAGUGGUUCCGUGACAACGGCAAACACGCCCUCAUCAUCUACGAUGACUUGUCGAAGCAGGCCGCUUACCCCGGUGAUGUCUUCUACCUCCACUCCCGUCUCCUUGAGCGUGCCGCCAAGAUGAGUGACAAGUUCGGUGGUGGAUCCCUCACUGCUCUCCCCAUCAUCGAGACCCAAGGUGGUGAUGUCUCCGCUUAUAUUCCUACUAACGUCAUUUCUAUCACUGAUGGCCAAAUCUUCUUGGAGGCCGAGCUUUUCUUCCGUGGUGUCCGUCCAGCCAUCAACGUCGGUCUCUCCGUGUCUCGUGUCGGUUCUGCUGCCCAGACCAAGAUCAUGAAGAAGUUCGCUGGUUCGCUCAAGCUGUACCUUGCUCAAUACCGUGAAGUCGCUGCCUUCGCCCAAUUCGGUUCAGAUCUCGAUGCCUCGACACGUUUCCUCCUCUCCCGUGGUGCACGUUUGACUGAGCUCCUCAAGCAAGGCCAAUACCAGCCCCUCCCUACUGAGAUCCAGGUGCCUAUUAUCUACGCUGGUGUCAACGGUCUCCUCGACUCCAUCCCCGUCGACAAAAUCACUGCAUGGGAAGCUGAAUUCCGUUCGCAUCUGACUGCCACCCAAAGCGCCCUCUUGGAGGAAAUCGCGACCGGCAACGUCACCCCCGAGAUGGAGGCUAAAAUCAAGAAGGUCGUCGAGGACCACGUCUCGUCAUUUACCUCGUAGACUAGAUAUUCCUGUGCAUCUACCCCGGUGCUUGCUGUAAUGGACACCCAUUAAAAUUCCAUCGCGAAUACCAUUAU